GGAGAGACUCCGAGAAACCUGGUGGGGGCAGGGGUACAGGGCACAUCUCCUGACAGCGGCCUAACACUCCGGAACUCAGCACAGGGAUGGUGGGAACCCCUCAUAAUGGGCACGGCGGGGGUACAGACCCGGGAACUCAUCACAGGGAUGGUGGGAACCCCUUAUAAUGGGCACAGCGGGCGUACAGACUCGGGAACUCGGCACAGGGAUGGUGGGAACCCCUCAUAAUGGGCACAGCGGGCGUACAGACCCAGGAACUCAGCACAGGGAUGGUGGGAACCCCUCAUAAUGGGCACAGCGGGCGUACAGACCCGGGAACUCGGCACAGGGAUGGUGGGAACCCCUCAUAA